UUGGCCUAGAAGACCACAACAAAUCGAAGCAUGAAAUAGCUGAACUACUUUCAAACAUCACUUCCAUGGUCCAGAUGGGUUCAAUUCUUGGAGCCGGUAUUGCUUUCUUCCUCACAGACAAGAUUGGCCGUCUUUGGGCUACACGUCAGCUGUGUCUUCUAUGGGUUAUAGGAAUUGCAAUUUUCCUCGCAUCUUCUGCCACUGGAAACAUUGGCAUGAUCUACGCCGGCCGAUUUAUUGCAGGUGUUGGCAUCGGACAAACAACGGUUGUUGCACCCACAUACCUCGCAGAGACAGCUCCAAGAGCUAUUCGCGGUCUCUGUGUUUGUGCUUUCGCCGGAUCCGUCUACCAGUGGUAUUAUGCUUGCCUACUUCGCUUCCUGGGGUUCUUCAAUCCACAUUUCCGGCAAGACUGAUGCACAAUGGCUGGUUCCCAACAGCUUGCAUUUGAUGUUCGCUGGAGUCAUUUUUAUCCUUUCUUUCUUCGCAAAGGAGAGCCCACGUUGGCUCAUCAAGGUCGGCCGCCAUGAGGAGGCGCUCACGAAUCUCUCGAUUCUGCGUCAGCUUCCUGGUGACCAUCCUUACAUCCAAUCUGAGAUUAUCGACAUCAACGACCAGCUCAACCGCGAGCGUGAAGCCACCAUGGGCACCACUUGGCUUGGACCAAUCCGCGAGAUGUUCACCAGCAAGGCCAACCUGUACCGCAUCCAGCUCAGUCUGCUCUCACAGAUCCUUGGACAGUGGUCGGGAGCGAACUCAAUCACAAUCUAUGCACCUCAAUAUUUCGCCAUGAUGGGCACGACUGGUCAGAACGAGAAGCUUUUUGCUACUGCCAUCUUUGGCGUUGUCAAGUUCAUCAGUGCUAUGAUCUGUGCCUUCUUCUUGAUCGAUCUGAUCGGCCGCAAACGCUCCCUCGCCACCGGUAUCACCCUGCAACUGGUUGCUAUGCUUUACAUGGCCAUCUUCCUACUCAUCGACAACAAGAUUUCCGAUAAGUCGGUCCCGCAAACAGCUAGCCAGAAGCACGCUGCUAUGGGCGCCAUUGUCAUGAUCUACUUCUCCGGAUUCGGUUGGGCCCUUGGCUGGAACAGUGUUCAGUACCUCAUCAACUCCGAGAUCUACCCGCUCAGACUCCGUGCUCUCGGUGGUUCAAUUGCAAUGACUUUCCACUUCGUCAACCAAUACGGAAACUCCAAGGCGGUGCCGCUAAUGUUCAUCUCAAUGACCACCGGUGGCACGAUGCUGUUCUUCAGCUGUGUGACUGCAAUUGGUCUUGGAUGGGUCUAUUUCUUCAUGCCCGAGACCUCUGGCAAGAGUCUGGAAUCUAUGGACGAGAUGUUCAACCUGCCCUGGUACCUCAUUGGUCGCAAGGGUGCGGAACUUACAAGGGGCCAGGGCGGUAUGUCCGAGGUGUUGGACAACGGUGGCGAAAAGGCAGUCGCAGUCCAUAUGGAGGAGCAUCAUGUCGAGACUCAGCACCAGAGGGCGGGAGAGAAAGUUUAAAGUUCGAGUUUACAAAUACAUGCGAAGCGCCAGCGCGUAACGCGAUUUACGAAUCAAACAUGUUCAAAC